AGACCCUGGCAGCAGCAGCACGGUCCCUCAGGGGCAGGUGGCGAAAGAUGAACACUAGCACCUCCUCUGGCAAUUGCCCUCUAGGCUCAACCAUGGCUCAGCUUGGGUGGGACCUCUGGGGCUGUUGGCUCUGGCUGCUCAGCGGACUUGAUGGUGUUUGCCAAGGGCUGGAGACUGGCCCAGAAGGGCAGGGGGGCGGGAAGGACAGGCCCGGAGCCCGAGGGGCGGAACGCGCGAGCGGACGGGGCGGCCCGGGCUGGGGCACCGCCUCGGUGCCUACGCGCACACCCGGAAGCGGUGCAAGAGGAGCGGAGCCUGGCCAGCGUGGGAACCCAGGCCCGGCCGAGGUGGCCAGGAGGUGAGAUGGCGGCUGGGCAAAAUGGGCAUGAAGAGUGGGUGGGCAGCGCUUACCUGUUUGUGGAGUCCUCGCUGGACAAGGUGGUCCUGUCGGAUGCCUACGCACACCCCCAGCAGAAGGUGGCAGUGUACAGGGCUCUGCGGACUGCAUUGACAGAAAGCGGCGGGAGCCCGGAGGUGCUGCAGAUACUCAAGAUACACCGCGGCGAUCCGCAGCUGAUAGUGCAGUUGCGAUUUUGCGGGAGUCAGUCCUGCGGACGCUUUCUCCGCUCCUACCGCGAGGGGGCACUGCGCGCCGCGCUGCAGAAGGGCUUGGCGGCCGCCCUGGCCCAUCACUCUGUGCCGCUCCAACUGGAGCUGAGGGCCGGCGCGGAGCGGCUCGACGCGGUGCUGACAGAUGAAGAGCGCUGUUUGAAUAGCAUCUUAGCUCAGAAGCCCGACCGGCUCCGGGACGAGGAGCUCGCUGAGCUGGAGGAUGCGUUCCGGAAUCUGACGUGCGGCUUAGGCGGCCACGGUGGCAACACGGAGGUAGCUCAGGGUUCUUCGCAGUCCCUGGUCCCCUCUCUCUUGGAGAAGGCGCCGCCACCGUCUGGCCAGACUUUUCUGUUCCAGGGUCAACCCAUAGUGAAUCGGCCGCUGAGCCUGCAAGACCAGCAGACAUUUGCACGGUCCGUGGGCCUCAAAUGGCGCAAGGUGGGGCGCUCACUGCAGCGGGGCUGUCGCGCCCUGCGGGACCCGGCUCUCGACUCGCUGGCCUAUGAGUACGAGCGUGAAGGGCUGUACGAGCAGGCCUUUCAGCUGCUGCGGCGUUUCGUGCAAGCCGAGGGCCGCCGCGCCACGCUGCAGCGCCUGGUGGAGGCGCUGGAGGAGAACGAGCUCACCAGUCUGGCAGAGGACUUGCUGGGCCUGGCCAGUCCUGAUGACGGCUUGGUCUAGGUCAGGUGCUCAGCCAGGGGUUUGGAGCACCUGGAUGACACUAGGGUCCCUUCUGCUGCUAUCCAGGGCCCCCUGUCCAUGCACAGGACUCUGAGACCACACUUACAAUCUCACUUGCCUCUCUGCUGGAGCUGCUGUGGCAGAGUUGACUGCUGGGGUGCACCAUGGGGGAUUCUGCCCCCAUACCCAUCCAGCAGGACUUGAAACUGGUGUUUACUUCUUCACUCAUUAAACACCUGGCCCCUGGGUAUCCUAGGCACCAUCCUGGGUGCUGCAGAUGCUGUGGUGAGCAAGAUAAACGAUUCCAGCCUGCCAUCUCACACACAGUGUGGGACCAACAUUAUUAAGCAAUGGAAA